AUGUACUACUCCCCAGCUGCUGCAGAGAAUUGUAUUCGAGGCUUCUUCCAUCUUGGAUUCCAGGCUAGCUAUGCCCAGAAAUCUCGCAACUCUCGUCUCAAAGACCUUGAGGAUCGCAAUUCUACCAAUAUUUACUGCACUGGAGUGCCGAUCGAUUGGAAUGAAUCAGAUUUGGCCAAGCACUUUCUGCCUUUCCAUGCAGUCUCAACCAAAAUUUGUCGGGACGCUCCAUCAGGUGUCAGCAAAGAAGUUGGCUUUGCGAGAUUCGAGACUCGAGAGAUUGCAGAGCGUGUCAUCAAGGAGUAUCACAGCGUGCUCACUGACCAUGAUGGUAUCAAACUCUUCCUUCGCUUUGCCGACACCAAGGCUCAGAAGCAGCUCAAACAGCAAAGUCAAGAACGUCGCAAUUGGCGUAGUCGCGAGUACAGCUAUUCAGUUGAACAUACUCCUUCCCCAACUCUGACUCGUCUGCAAAAUGUCAACAAUCACAUCAGCCCAGCAAGCUACCAGUCCCCAGCUGGAGCUAGCAACGGAUUCACCCCUGCGACGUCAGUCUCUCCAGUUGACAUGCCAGGUGCCAACAAGACAGUUCACACAGCCCGAACUUCAGCUUGGCCAAUGCAAGGCGGUCUGCAGUCAAUCACCAACACCACGGCCGUUCCCAAGAAUAACCCAGCGGCCCCGACUUCCCAAUCCUUCGUCGAUGCGAAGAUCAACACUGCUGCUCCCAUCGUUCCAGUUAAUGUGGACGCGAAGAAGGCCAAAACCCCAAGCCCCAACAAGGUUGCUAUUCGUGUGGAGCCUCCAAGUGGCAAGGAAAACUAUACUGGCACUCCACAGUCCAGCAAGUAA